GGAGGGAGGGACGGAGGGUGGAGAGUGCAAAAGAAGAUGGGUUGCUCGUUUUCAGGUUUGAAUGCUCUGUACGAUGCCGUUAAUGGCGGGGGUGAUGUUUGGAUCAAUGAGAACCGUUUUAGGAUUUUGAGGCAACUCGGAGAAGGUGGUUUUGCAUAUGUCUAUCUCGUCAAGGAGGUUGGAAACGAUUCGGCUGUUGGUAGUGGUGGCCUUGCGAAGAAAAUCAAAGACCCAUCUCACGUUUCAGAUGAUGGUACAUAUGCAAUGAAAAAGGUCUUAAUUCAAACCAAUGAGCAGUUAGAGUUGGUGAGGGCUGAGAUUCAUGUCUCAUCCCUUUUCAACCAUCCCAAUCUUCUUCCACUUCUUGAUCAUGCUAUAAUUGCAGUUAAGGGAACAAAUGAAGGAUCCUGGAAUCAUGAAGCUUACUUGCUAUUUCCAGUUCAUUUAGAUGGAACUUUACUGGACAAUGCUAAUACUAUGAAAGCAAAAAAGGAGUCCUAUUCCACAAUGGAUGUUCUUCAGAUAUUCCGGCAGCUUUGUGCAGGUUUGAAGCACAUGCACAGUUUUGACCCUCCUUAUGCACAUAAUGAUGUCAAACCAGGUAAUGUCCUUGUCACACACAGAAAAGGGCAACCACCUCUUGCCAUAUUGAUGGAUUUUGGAAGUGCUCGACCUGCGAGGAAACAAAUCAGAUCUCGUUCAGAGGCACUACAGCUGCAGGAAUGGGCUGCCGAGCAUUGUUCUGCACCCUAUCGAGCUCCUGAAUUGUGGGACUGCCCAAGCCAUUCAGAUAUCGAUGAGAGAACAGAUGUCUGGUCUCUGGGAUGUACACUAUAUGCAAUAAUGUACGGGGUGUCUCCUUUUGAAUAUGCAAGUGGUGAAUCUGGAGGAAGCCUUCAGUUGGCCAUUGUAAAUGCACAGGUAAAAUGGCCUACUGGUCCAAAAUCCUCGUAUCCAGAACCACUCCAUCAGUUUGUUACAUGGAUGCUUCAGCCCCAGCCAACAGUCCGACCUCGAAUCGAUGAUAUCGUUUUUCAUGUUGACAAGUUAAUCUCGAAGUACUCAUGAGCUAGAUCAUGGAUGCCAUAUGAAUUUGUAGUCUAGAAUGAGAGGUCAAGCAAGCAGAACAUCCAUCAAUUGAAGGAUUGGGUUAUUUAUGUAAGUUAGCGAGCGUCUUUCUGCUGCUCCAUGUGAAAAUUUCGUUUGGGCUUAUACCGGAACACUAGUUUGUUAUCUGUGGUUAAGAUAGAUAAUAAUGGUUUUGCUUAGUUGCAAUUGAAUGUGCAUUGAUUCAA